CGGCGUGGUGUCAUGGCGGGCCCCGGGCGCUGAGGGCCGCGGGCAGCCGAGGGCCCCGGAGCGCGCCAGGGAUCCGCAGCCGCCGCCCUCGCCCCGCGCCGCCGCCGCCGCCGCCCCCCCCCCCGGGGAUCCGCCCCCUGCCUGGCCGGCCGGGCGGGGGGCCAUGGCGGCCCACAAGCCGGUGGAGUGGGUGCAGGCCGUGGUGAACCGCUUCGACGAGCAGCUUCCAAUAAAAGCUGGUCAGCAGAAUACCCACACCAAAGUCAGCACGGAGCACAACAAGGAGUGUCUCAUAAACAUUUCCAAGUACAAGUUCUCUCUGGUCAUCAGUGGUCUCACUAAUAUCUUAAAAAAUGUUAAUAACAUGAGAAUAUUUGGAGAAACUGCUGAAAAGAACUUAUAUCUAUCUCAGCUGAUUAUCUUGGAUACACUGGAAAAAUGUCUGGCAGGGCAACCGAAGGAUACCAUGCGACUAGACGAGACUAUGCUGGUAAAACAGUUGCUGCCAGAAAUCUGCCACUUCAUCCACACUUACCGUGAAGGCAACCAGCAUGCAGCCGAACUGCGCAAUUCUGCCUCGGGGGUUCUUUUUUCUCUUAGCUGCAAUAACUUUAAUGCUGUGUUCAGCCGCAUUUCCACCAGAUUGCAGGAACUGACUGUUUGUUCAGAAGAUAAUGCUGAUGUUCAUGAUAUUGAACUUUUACAGUACAUCAGUGUGGAUUGUUCAAAACUAAAACGACUUUUGCAAGAGACUGUAUUCAAGUUUAAAGCCCUAAAGAAAGUAGCUCAGUUAGCUGUUAUCAACAGUCUUGAAAAGGCAUUUUGGAACUGGGUGGAAAACUAUCCUGAUGAAUUCACAAAGCUGUAUCAAACACCACAGACUGAUAUGGCUGAUUGUGCAGAGAAGUUGUUUGACUUAGUGGAUGGCUUUGCAGAAAGCACAAAACGUAAAGCAGCAGUUUGGCCACUGCAAAUCAUACUCCUGGUCCUGUGCCCAGAGAUAAUCCAAGAUAUAGCAAAGGAUGUGGUAGAGGAAACUAAAAUGAACAAGAAACUCUUCCUGGACAAUCUCAGGAAAGCACUUGCAGGCCACAGUGGGAGCAGACAGCUGACUGAAAGUGCUGCUAUUGCUUGUGUUAAACUUUGCAAAGCAUCUACCUACAUCAACUGGGAAGAUAAUUCUGUCAUUUUCCUACUAGUGCAGUCCAUGGUUGUAGAUCUUAAGAAUUUGCUGUUUAAUCCAAGUAAACCUUUUUCAAGAGGCAAUCAGAACGCAGACAUAGACCUUAUGAUUGACUGCUUAGUCUCAUGCUUCCGCAUAAACCCUCAUAAUAACCAACACUUUAAGAUCUGCUUGGCACAGAAUUCCCCAUCAACAUUUCAUUAUGUACUGGUAAAUUCACUCCACCGAAUAAUCACAAAUUCUGCCUUGGACUGGUGGCCCAAGAUCGAUGCCGUGUACUGCCAUUCCAUGGAGCUUCGCAGCAUGUUUAGUGAGACUCUUCAUAAAGCUAUUCAAGGCUGUGGGGCACAUCCAGCAAUUCGCAUGACUCCGAGUCUUACAUUUAAAGAGAAGAUGACAAGCCUUAAAUUUAAAGAAAAACCUACUGACUUGGAAACCAGAAGCUACAAGUUCUUGCUAUUAUCCUUGGUAAAAUUGAUCCAUGCUGAUCCAAAGCUUUUGCUGUGUAAUCCAAGGAAGCAAGGGCCUGAGACACAAGGUAGUACUGCUGAAUUAAUUACAGGCCUUGUACAACUUGUUCCGCAGUCCAGCAUGCCAGAUAUAGCACAAGAAGCCAUGGAGGCCUUGCUAGUUCUUCACCAGUUAGACAGCAUUGAUUUGUGGAAUCCUGAUGCACCUAUAGAAACAUUCUGGGAAAUUAGUUCACAAAUGCUUUUUUAUAUCUGCAAGAAACUAACCAGUCAUCAGAUGCUCAGCAGUACAGAAAUCCUCAAAUGGCUGCGAGAGAUUCUCAUCUGUAGGAAUAAAUUUCUUCUAAAAAAUAAACAAUCAGACAGAAGUUCCUGUCACUUUCUCUUCCUUUAUGAUGUCUCUGGAGGUGGAACUAGUCAAAUGUCUCUUGACCAUGAGGAGAUGAAAAGCUGUACUCCGGGAGCCACCCUCAGGAGAGGGAAAGGGAAUUCUUCCAUAGAAAGUACAGCAGGAUGCAGUGGAACACCUAUUUGUCGCAAAGCCCAAACAAAAUUGGAAGUCGCUUUAUACAUGUUUUUGUGGAGCCCGGAUAUUGAGGCAGUCCUUGUGGCAAUGUCCUGUUUCCGUCACCUGUGUGAAGAAGCAGAUAUCAGAUGUGGAGUAGAUGAAGUUUCAGUUCAUAAUUUUUUGCCAAACUACAACACUUUCAUGGAGUUUGCAUCUGUUAGCAAUAUGAUGUCAACAGGGAGAGCAGCUCUUCAGAAAAGAGUGAUGGCAUUAUUAAGACGCAUUGAACAUCCAACUGCAGGCAACACAGAGGCCUGGGAGGAUACACAUGCAAAAUGGGAACAAGCUACAAAGCUAAUCCUUAACUAUCCAAAGACCAAAAUGGAAGAUGGGCAGGUUACUGAAAGUCUUCAUAAAACGAUUGUUAAGAGACGAAUGUCGCAUGUUAGUGGGGGAGGUUCCAUAGACUUGUCUGACACAGAUUCUCUUCAGGAAUGGAUCAACAUGACGGGGUUCCUAUGUGCUCUUGGAGGAGUGUGCCUGCAGCAUCGUAGCAAUGCAGGAUUAGCAACCUACAGUCCACCUAUGGGCCCAGUCAAUGAGCGUAAGGGCUCCAUGAUAUCUAUGGUAUCCACUGAGGGAAAUGCAGAGACUCCUGUUAGCAAAUUCAUAGAUCGAUUAUUGACUCUGAUGGUCUGUAACCACGAGAAAGUGGGACUUCAAAUACGGACUAAUAUUAAAGAUCUGGUGGGUUUGGAGUUGAGUCCAGCACUUUAUCCAAUGCUGUUUAACAAACUGAAGAAUACCAUCAGCAAGUUUUUUGAUUCUCAAGGACAGGUUUUGUUAACUGAGACCAACACACAAUUUGUAGAACAAACCAUUGCUAUAAUGAAGAAUUUGCUUGACAAUCAUACAGAAGGGAGCUCAGAACAUCUUGGACAAGCUAGUAUUGAGACAAUGAUGCUAAAUCUGGUUAGGUAUGUGCGUGUGCUUGGAAAUUUGGUACAUGCAAUUCAAAUAAAAACUAAGCUCUGUCAGUUAGUAGAAGUAAUGAUGGAGAGAAGAGAUGACCUUUCGUUUUGCCAAGAAAUGAAAUUCAGAAACAAAAUGGUAGAAUAUUUGACAGACUGGGUUAUGGGAACAUCUAAUCAAGCAACAGAUGAGGAUGUAAAAUGCUUGACAAGAGAUUUGGACCAAGCGAGUAUGGAAGCAGUGGUGUCUCUUCUUGCUGGGCUUCCAUUACAGCCUGAAGAAGGAGAUGGUGUUGAGUUGAUGGAAGCCAAAUCUCAGUUAUUUCUUAAAUAUUUCACACUGUUUAUGAACCUUCUAAAUGACUGUAGUGAAGUUGAAGAUGAAAGUGCACAAACAGGUGGCAGGAAACGUGGAAUGUCUCGAAGACUAGCUUCGCUACGACACUGCACUGUUCUUGCUAUGUCAAAUUUACUCAAUGCAAAUGUGGAUAGUGGUCUUAUGCACUCCAUAGGUUUGGGCUAUCAUAAAGACCUCCAAACAAGAGCUACCUUUAUGGAAGUCCUCACCAAAAUUCUGCAGCAGGGAACAGAAUUUGAUACAUUAGCAGAAACAGUGCUAGCAGAUCGGUUUGAGAGAUUGGUGGAGUUGGUUACAAUGAUGGGCGAUCAGGGGGAGCUCCCCAUUGCUAUGGCUUUAGCCAAUGUGGUGCCUUGUUCUCAGUGGGAUGAGCUAGCUCGUGUCCUGGUCACACUCUUUGAUUCCCGUCACUUGCUCUACCAGCUACUUUGGAAUAUGUUUUCAAAGGAAGUUGAACUAGCAGAUUCCAUGCAGACGCUCUUCCGAGGAAAUAGCUUAGCUAGUAAAAUAAUGACUUUCUGUUUUAAGGUAUAUGGUGCUACAUAUUUGCAGAAGCUUCUGGAACCUUUAUUAAGGACUGUGAUCACGUCCUCCGAAUGGCAGCAUGUUAGCUUUGAGGUGGAUCCUACAAGAUUGGAGCCUACAGAAAGCCUUGAAGAGAACCAGCGGAGUCUCUUGCAAAUGACAGAAAAAUUUUUUCAUGCAAUCAUUAAUUCUUCUUCAGAGUUCCCACCACAACUUCGCAGCGUGUGCCAUUGUUUGUACCAGGCAACUUGCCACUCUCUACUGAAUAAAGCUACCGUAAAAGAAAAAAAGGAAAACAAAAAAUCAGUUGUUAGUCAGCGAUUUCCUCAGAACAGCAUUGGAGCAGUUGGAAGUGCUAUGUUCCUACGGUUCAUCAAUCCUGCGAUUGUCUCCCCUUACGAGGCAGGGAUUUUAGAUAAAAAGCCUCCACCAAGAAUUGAAAGGGGAUUGAAACUGAUGUCAAAGAUACUUCAGAGUAUUGCCAACCAUGUCCUGUUUACAAAAGAAGAGCAUAUGCGGCCUUUUAAUGAUUUUGUAAAAAGCAAUUUUGAUGCAGCACGAAGGUUUUUCCUUGAUAUUGCAUCUGACUGCCCAGCUAGUGACACUGUCAAUCACAGCCUGUCUUUCAUCAGUGAUGGCAACGUACUUGCUUUGCACCGGUUGCUGUGGAACAAUCAGGAGAAAAUUGGCCAGUACCUUUCCAGCAACAGGGACCACAAGGCUGUUGGAAGACGACCUUUUGACAAAAUGGCUACUCUUCUUGCCUAUCUGGGUCCACCUGAGCACAAACCUGUGGCAGAUACGCAUUGGUCCAGUUUAAAUCUCACUAGUUCCAAGUUUGAAGAAUUUAUGACAAGGCAUCAGGUACAUGAAAAAGAAGAGUUCAAAGCACUGAAAACAUUAAAUAUUUUCUACCAAGCUGGGACAUCAAAAGCUGGCAAUCCUGUUUUCUACUACAUUGCUCGGCGGUUCAAGACUGGUCAGAUCAAUGGAGAUUUGCUGAUAUACCACGUCCUGCUAACUCUGAAGCCAUACUAUGCAAAGCCAUAUGAAAUUGUAGUGGACCUCACGCAUGCUGGCCCCAGUAAUCGUUUUAAAACAGACUUUCUUUCUAAAUGGUUUGUAGUUUUUCCAGGCUUUGCUUAUGAAAAUGUCUCAGCAGUUUUUAUUUAUAACUGUAAUUCUUGGGUCAGAGAAUACACCAAAUACCAUGAAAGACUCCUGACAGGUUUGAAAGGAAGCAAAAGGCUUAUUUUCAUAGACUCUCCGGGGAAGCUGGCAGAGCACAUUGAACAUGACCAGCAGAAACUCCCAGCAGCUACCUUGGCUUUGGAAGAGGACUUGAAAGUAUUUCACAAUGCUCUCAAACUGGCUCAUAAAGACACCAAAGUUUCUAUUAAAGUUGGAUCAACAGCUGUGCAGGUGACAUCAGCAGAGCGUACAAGAGUCCUGGGACAGACAGUGUUUUUAAAUGAUAUAUACUACGCAUCUGAAAUUGAGGAAAUCUGUCUUGUUGAUGAGAAUCAGUUUACCUUAACAAUUGCCAACCAGGGCACACCACUCACUUUCAUGCAUCAAGAGUGUGAAGCCAUUGUGAGGUCCAUUAUUCAUAUACGGACACGGUGGGAGCUGUCGCAACCAGACUCCAUCCCACAGCACACUAAAAUUCGCCCUAAGGAUGUCCCUGGAACACUACUGAACAUAGCACUGCUCAACUUGGGAAGCUCAGACCCCAGUUUGCGGUCUGCUGCCUAUAAUCUUCUAUGUGCCUUAACCUGUACCUUUAAUUUAAAGAUUGAGGGCCAGUUACUGGAAACUUCAGGUCUGUGUAUUCCUGCCAACAACACACUCUUUAUUGUGUCUAUUAGUAAGACCCUUGCAGCUAAUGAACCACACCUUACCUUAGAGUUCUUGGAAGAGUGUAUUUCUGGAUUUAGCAAAUCUAGUAUUGAACUGAAACAUCUUUGUCUGGAGUAUAUGACUCCCUGGCUGUCCAAUCUGGUCCGAUUCUGUAAACACAAUGAUGAUGCUAAGCGCCAGCGAGUCACUGCUAUUCUUGAUAAGCUAAUAACAAUGACAAUAAAUGAAAAACAGAUGUAUCCUUCCAUUCAGGCUAAGAUAUGGGGAAGUCUUGGACAGAUAACAGAUCUCCUUGAUGUAGUUCUGGACAGUUUCAUCAAGACUAGUGCCACAGGGGGCUUAGGAUCCAUAAAAGCUGAGGUUAUGGCAGACACAGCAGUAGCGCUUGCUUCUGGAAAUGUAAAGUUGGUUUCAAGCAAAGUAAUUGGAAGAAUGUGUAAAAUAAUCGAUAAGACUUGUCUGUCCCCAACUCCUACAUUGGAACAGCACCUGAUGUGGGAUGAUAUUGCUAUUCUAGCACGUUACAUGCUGAUGCUCUCCUUUAACAAUUCUCUGGAUGUGGCAGCCCAUCUCCCCUACCUCUUUCAUGUAGUUACUUUAUUGGUGGCCACUGGUCCCCUUUCUCUCAGAGCUUCUACACAUGGUCUUGUCAUCAACAUCAUUCAUUCUCUGUGCACUUGUUCUCAGCUUCACUUUAGCGAGGAGACCAAGCAAGUUUUAAGGCUGAGCUUGACUGAGUUUUCUCUGCCCAAGUUUUAUUUACUGUUUGGAAUCAGCAAAGUGAAAUCAGCUGCAGUGAUAGCUUUCCGCUCCAGCUAUCGAGACAGGUCGUUUUCACCUGGUUCCUAUGAGAGGGAGACUUUUGCACUGACUUCUUUGGAAACAGUUACUGAAGCUUUGUUGGAGAUCAUGGAGGCUUGUAUGAGAGAUAUUCCAACGUGCAAGUGGCUGGACCAGUGGACUGAACUAGCUCAAAAGUUUGCAUUCCAAUAUAAUCCAUCCUUGCAGCCAAGAGCACUUGUUGUCUUUGGCUGUAUAAGUAAGCGUGUCUCUCAUGGACAAAUAAAACAAAUAAUCCGAAUUCUGAGCAAGGGACUUGAGAGCUGUUUAAAAGGCCCUGACAAUUACAAUAGCCAAGUUCUAAUAGAAGCUACCGUAAUAGCACUCACCAAGCUGCAGCCUCUUCUUAAUAAGGACUCCCCUAUGCACAAGGUCCUCUUCUGGGUAGCUAUGGCAGUACUGCAGCUAGAUGAAGUCAACUUGUACUCAGCAGGUACAGCGCUACUUGAACAGAAUCUGCAUACCUUGGAUAGCCUUCGAGUGUUCAAUGAUAAGAGCCCAGAAGAGGUGUUUAUGGAGAUCAGGAGACCACUUGAAUGGCACUGCAAGCAGAUGGAUCAUUUUGUAGGGCUAAAUUUCAACUCCAACUUCAACUUCGCACUAGUGGGACACCUCCUGAAAGGGUACAGACAUCCUUCUCCUACCACUGUAGCAAGAACAGUAAGGAUUUUACAUACACUACUAGCUCUGGUUAACAAACAUAGGAAUUGUGACAAGUUUGAGGUGAACACCCAGAGUGUGGCUUACCUAGCAGCUUUGCUCACAGUGUCUGAGGAAGUUCGAAGUCGCUGCAGCCUAAAACAUAGGAAGUCUCUCUUGUUGACAGACGUUUCAAUGGAAAAUGUUCCUAUGGAUACAUAUCCCAUUCAUCACAGUGACACUAGCUAUAGGACACUAAAGGAAAAUCAACCGUGGUCAUCACCAAAGGGAUCAGACAGACAUCUGGCUGCCAGUUACCCGACAGUGGGACAGAUAAGUCCUCGAACACGAAAAUCCAUGAGUUUGGAUAUGGGACAGCCUUCACAAGCAAACACUAAAAAGCUUCUAGGUACAAGGAAAAGUUUUGACCAUUUGAUAUCGGACACAAAGGCUCCUAAAAGGCAAGACAUGGAAUCUGGAAUCACAACGCCUCCCAAAAUGAGGAGAGUAGCCGAAAAUGAUUAUGAAAUGGAAACCCAGAGAAUAUCACCACAGCAACACCCACAUCUUCGAAAAGUUUCUGUUUCUGAGUCAAACGUCCUCCUAGAUGAAGAAGUUCUGACUGACCCAAAAAUUCAAGCACUGCUGCUUACAGUUCUUGCAACAUUAGUGAAGUACACUACUGAUGAGUUUGACCAGCGGAUUCUGUAUGAGUAUUUAGCAGAAGCCAGUGUUGUCUUCCCAAAGGUCUUUCCUGUUGUGCAUAAUUUAUUGGAUUCCAAGAUCAAUACCCUUUUGUCACUGUGCCAGGAUCCAAAUUUGUUGAAUCCAAUUCAUGGAAUUGUUCAGAGUGUUGUCUACCAUGAAGAGUCUCCACCCCAAUACCAAACUUCUUAUCUACAAAGUUUUGGAUUUAAUGGGUUAUGGAGGUUUGCUGGCCCAUUUUCUAAGCAAACACAAAUCCCAGACUAUGCUGAACUCAUAGUGAAGUUUCUUGAUGCCUUGAUUGACACGUAUUUGCCUGGAAUUGAUGAGGAAACCAGUGAAGAAUCUCUCCUGACACCCACAUCUCCAUAUCCUCCCGCAGUGCAGAGCCAGCUUAGCAUUACUGCUAACCUUAACCUUUCCAAUUCUAUGACCUCGCUCGCAACUUCCCAGCACUCCCCAGGGAUCGACAAGGAGAACGUGGAGCUCUCGCCCACCGCCGGCCACGCCAACAGCGGGAGGAUGCGCCACGGCUCCGCCAGCCAGGUGCAAAAGCAGCGAAGUGCUGGCAGCUUGAAACGUCACAGCAUUAAAAAGAUUGUGUGAAAUUUGGGUUUGUUUUUUUUUUUUUGAAACUGACUGACGUACGUGGGCCUCUUGCAAAGGGCCCCCCACCAGUUGUGAUGCUGCACUUAAUUUUUAAAGUUCCCAUCCUGUCAGCCAUGUUGCCAGAUGAUCAACUCCUGAAACAUUGCUUGAAUUUUAAUGCCUUUUUUUUCUUCUGUUUUUGAUUUAAGCCAGUGUUUCAGAACCGCUUAUAGAUCCUGACGGACUUUGUAGCCGAAGAAAGCGUGGAGUUCUUUAACGCUGCAGUACAGUAUCUUGUCCAAAUAUGAAAGCCAUUUUCCAUAGACGGUUCUACCUUGCUUCUGUGAUAUGCCUUGUUUGUUUCUUCUCUGAAGGAAAGUGUUAAUACUUAAUCCUGUUUGCACACUUGUCAAGGUAGUGGCUUUAUGAGCCGGGGAAGUUACUAUAAUUCUGGUUUUAAUUCAAACCUGUAGGAUUUUUAGCUGUGGACUUUUUUUUACCAUGCUUAAAAGAAACUUACAGUAGCCGCAGUACAAUGAGCUUAACCAGAAGUGGUUGAUUAGAUUAAAUUUCUAGUAAUUAGCAAUAAAUUUAAAGAGGACAAGGAGGCCGCAUGAGUCUCUUCAUUCCCCAGACCAUAGCUUCACAUACUUGGACUGUAUAUGGACCAGACUGGACAAACUGGCUUUUUUCCAAAGCAAUUUUUUUUGCUGUACUUUAACUGCACUAAAGAAGGUUGGAUAGUGGAAAGAAAAUCAUCACAAACUGACUAUUAUGGUGUCAUUGUAGCAAUGUUAAAAAUUUAUUGCUUCUUUCUUCCAUUUAGCCUAUACUUUAGUUUUGCCCUUCCCACCAAUAUGCACCUUCAAGAAAUUCCUGGCAGAAAAACCAUUGGGGUAUGGAGGGGAAAAUUUUAUGAAUUAACUUCCAGCUCUGGGAGGUUUUUUGGCAAAGCUGCUUUUGCGCUGCCCAAGCAGUGACAUAAAAACAGUAAUGUUUGCUUAAGGUACAUGAACUUAAAAAAUAACUGACACUUUGUCAAAUCCAGGUUACGUUUGAAUGUUUGCAGUGCAAUUUCUGGUAUCAGUACAGACGUUUGCAGUCAAACCUGUCUUGCAGAACUUUCAAGGGGGUUCAGUUUGCAAGGGUUCGUACUUGGGGGUUAUACAAAACUGAAAUUGCUAUCACUGUGAAAGCCACAGUAUCACUUGUCAGGCACAGUAGUGUAUUAGCAAUGGAUGACUGUGAUAAUAUGCUGCUAUGUUGAGUGACAUGUAAAGAUGUGGCACUGGGUGCUACAGAUGCUACCUGCACGGACUGAAAACGUGCGGAGUGUUGGAUCUCAGCGGUGAACAGAAAUUCUGACAAAAAGGCCUGUCAUCCAGGUGCUCAUCUUAGGGCUAAGUAUAUCUACUGCUAAACAACAGCUAUACUUCCUAGUUUGAGAUCCCUGUUGUAUGUUAGAAAUUAACAAUUUAUAAGUGGCUUUAAAGGAGAAAAAAAAAAAAGUAUAUAAAAAAAGGAAAUCCUCUAGUGCAAUUUUAUUAGUGGCUUUCAGUAAAUCAAACUCCACAGCUAAAUUGUUAGAGAAUGGUACAAUUAAGUGUUCAGAUUUUAUUGAUAUAGCACGUAAUUCACAUGUAUCCACACAGUAACAAUGUAACAUUUAUGUAAAUAAAAAUGCCUUUAUUGUAUUGAUUCAUAAAAUAACAACUUAAUUUUUUUAAUUUGUUUACAGUCCUGAAAGAACUAUGAACACAAACUUAAUAUGCAAAUAGUUUGCCAAAACAAAAGGAAAAAGUAGAAUUAGCAAUCUUGAAAUAGAUACAUUGGAAAAUAUUAAGACUUGUGCAAUUAACCAAAUCUUUUUUCUCGAUCGUGUAGAAGCUGCAGUAGAAACAUGAUUACUGAACUGAUACAGAUCUGUGAAAGGGAUUAUGAGGCUAGAAGUGAAUUUAGGAAUAGAGCAGUGACUCGUGCCAUGUUUUUAAGCUGCUAUGCAUUUGUAAUUUGGGGAGUCACUGAUUUAAAAACCUUUCUCAUCUCAUACAUCAAAUUGCUAAUAGCCACCUUCGGUGUCACUGUCAGUUUGCUCUUGGUUAUACUGAACCAAGCUAAUUCCAGCCCUUUCCAUUUUAAUGAAGACAAUGAAUUGUAGAAGCCUGAAGACUUGUUCUUGCCAUAGGUGGGAGGAAAAAAGAAUAUCUUGUAAUUUGCUGGUAGGAAAAGAUAAUUUUCAGUUUUCUCCUAUGAGCAAAUUUUCUUUAAAAAGAAAUAAUUCCAGCUGAACUACCAAAUCAGUUUCAUUCGGACUGAGUGCAUUGCAACUCUUCUAGUAUUUUGCAUUGCUUAUAUAAAAAAGGUGUCAUUAAAUUAGAAUUAAUGCAGUCUUAGAAAUACAAGUAACGCAAAAUCAAAAUGGACAAUGGUUAAAAUUACCUUUUGUGUGAGAACUAGAACUAGUGCAAGCUCUCAGUCCCGGCUGAAAAAAACAAAACAAACAAAAAAACCUUUAUAAAGCAAGUCAAUACAACUUAAUUUGUUCUAUAUCCUGGAAGGUGGGGGAGUCAUUUAAUUUUUUCACUGCACAGUUCAGUGAGAGGACCUGAACUUUUUAGAGCAGGGGUGUCAAACGUUUUAGGUAAAGAGAGAUGAAUUUUGGUGUAACUAUAGUCAUGGAAUCAGAGUGGUUUGGGUUGGAAGGGACCUUUAAAGCACAUCCAGUUCCAACCCCCUGCCACGGGCAGGGACACCUCCCACUAAAUCAGGUUGCUCAAAGCCCCAUCCUGCCUGCCCUUGAGCACUUCCAGAGCUGGGGCAUCCACAGCUUCUCUGGGCAACCUGUUCAGUGCCUCACCACCCUCAGAGUGAAGAAUUUCUUCCUUAUAUCUAAUCUAAACCUCCCCUCUUUUAGAUUAAAACUAUUCCCCCUUGUCCUACCACUACACUCCCUGAGAAAGAGUCCCUCCCCAGUUUUCCUGUAGGCCCCCUUGAAGUACUGGAAGGCUGCUGUAAGGUCUCCCAGAGCCUUCUCCAGGCUGAAUACCCUCAGCUCUCUCAGCCUGUGUUCAUAGGAGAGGUGCUCCAACCCUCUGAUCAUCUUCGUGUCCCUCGUUUGGACUCGCUCCAAGAGGUCCAUGUCUGUCUUAUUUUGGGGGGCCCAGAGCUGAAUGCAGUGAUGGCCACUCUAGGUGGCCACAGUCUAUGGCCAAGAUUUAAUUCAGGGCCGUGUGUGCCCUGAUACACAGCAAAGUGAUCUCCCAGUACCAGUAUUUAGGAAGUUUGUGCUUAGGUCAAGGGGGAAAACAUGGCCUUUCAUUAAUAAUUAAACUUUUGUUAGUAACUGGUUGUUCAGUGCCUUAUCAUUCAUCACUUAGAAAGUCUGCUUCCUGUAGUAGCCAUUGCUGUUACCUUGCCUUUUUGGUUUCUUUUUCAUAGCCUUCUUUAUUUGUUCCCUUUUCCUGUUCCGAAUGUUCCGUACCUUGCUCUGUUUCCUUCCCGUGAGCACCACUCUCCAUUCCCAAUCCAGCCUGCUUCAGUUCGCUCCCCAUCCUGUCGCUCCAUUUACCUUAGUGAUCAGCAGUUAGUUACUGCUGCUGAUGCUUCAGGCUUGAAACCUGAUCUAAGAAGUUGGAGACUGAGUUCAGACCUUCCAGUCACUGUUUCAGGCAGCCUGCAGACUACAGGGCACUCACCACUGCACGGGUUACCUUAGUCACGGUUUGAAGAUUACCUCUGCAGCCAUGGGGUCUGUGUACUUUAAAAUGAAAACUUAAUUUCAGAAAAAUCUGAUUUUAACAUGUGGACCAUAUAACUACAUAAUGGGGACUGUAUGUUUGACACCCCUGUUUUAGAACAUGCUAUCCAUUACGCACUAACUACAGUACAGUACUGUAAAGAUGAUUAACAUUUUGUGUUUGUAUUUUCCCUGACUUAAAAAUAAUUCAGUAGUAUUUGAAUAGUGCAUAACCUACCUGUUAAUUAUGCCGAUGUUUCUGCUUUAAUGUGCAUGAGGUUUCCAAGAACAGGAAACAUUUCAAAUAAGUAUUGUGGACUGAGCACCUGGGAGCAUUCCAGUGCUCUAUUCCUAACUGGGUUGUAGGUUUUAGGGCUUUUUGUUUUGUUCUGAGGUUAAUUUUUCCAAAUGUAAUGAAGCACGUCUUACUGUUAUGCAACAAACUUACCACAAAAAGUCACUUUUAGUGUUGGUCCCACAAUUUUUUUUAAUGCAGUAUAUUCACCUGUAAAUAGUUUUUUGUGUAAAAUUUGACAGAAAAGUAUAUUUACUACACUGUAAAUACAUGUGACAAUAUAUUGUAUUAUUUUGCUUUUUUUGUAAAGCAGUUAGUUGCUGUACAUGUAUAACAUACAAAUUUGAUUAUUCUAGUGUUAGUAACUGUUAACUACUACUUCUCCUUCCUGCUGUUGCGUUACAUCAUUUAAAAACCCAUGCUGUGUACUAUAAACCUACACUGUGUAUGAUAUCUUACUAUUUCCAUUUGGGCCUCAACUUUGAAAAUGUUUCCUCGAUUCACAAUCCUGUUCAUAGCGCAAGAAAUUGUGCAUCAGCAGGCAACAGCCAUGCUGAUUCAAACACAGUUGGUAACUGUAGGCAAAAAUGGUAGAAACCUGGUUUCGGAUAAUUGUUGUUCACCCCACUUCCCCCUCAUGUAUGUACGUUCCCUUUUUUUGAAGUAAAAUGUAAAUUCAACCUGC